AUGGCCGGCCUCUCCUGCGCGAGUUCUCCCAGCCGUGCCCCCAUGAGUCCGGCCGGGGCUGGGAGCCUGCUCGACCAUGUCCACAACGCCAUCGACCUCGGCAGCGGCAGAGCGCUGUCCGACAACGCCAACAUCUCCGUGCUGCCUCUGGGGGACGGCGGGGUCCUGUGCCUCACCGAGGCCACCAAGGGCUCCGUGCUGGUAGACCUCGAGACGAUCGGCAAGUUUCGCUACGCGGAUAGGCUAUGGGCCUUGCUGCAGUCCACGCACCCGGUUGUGACAGGGACCGAGCCCCUGUCGCUGCUCCCGGACAUGUUCGGGCAUGGCCACCGCGUCGUCAGGAUGGCGGCCGGGAGCAACGAGAGGAAGGUAGCGUUUGGUUCAGAGACGAGGUGGGAUAUCCCACUUAGGAUGUCCCUGACUCUAAACCAAACACUACCGAAAGUGAUCGGGAGGGUGCGCUGCUGGGGAGGGCUCACGCCGGGAUGGGUGCAUUCGUUCGCCGUCACAGAGAACUGCGUCGUCGUGCCGGAGAUGCCGCUGCGGUAUUCCGUUGCCGGUGUUCUCAUGUCUGAGCUCACGCCUUUGUAUAUCUUCGACUGGCUGCCCGAGUCCGGGAGCUACAUGCACGUCAUAUGCAGACACACGGGAAAGGCGGUGGCGAGCGUGGAGGUACCUCCCUUCAUGACAUUGCACCUCAUUAACGCAUAUGAAGAGAAAGGCGAAGAUGGCGACAAGACACAUGCCAUCAUCGCUGACUGCUGCGAGUACUAUGCUGAUCCUUCUAUCAUCAAAGAAUUCGAACUCCAUAGACUAAGAUCGCCCGGAAUUUACAGUGAUGCAUUGCCUGAUGCGAGGGUGGCCCGGUUCAGGAUACCCCUGGACGAAACCGCCUUUGGCGAGCUGGAAACUGUGCUGGACCCUGAGGUGCAUGGCCGGGGAGUGCAGUUGUCUUCCAUCAAUCUAGCCUAUCAGGGUAAGCAGCACCGUUAUGUUUACGCCUGUGGCGCGCAACGGCCUUGCAGUUUUUUCAACUCGCUCACCAAGAUCGACCUAGUGGAGAAAGGAGCCAAGAUGUGGCACGAGGUGGGCUCUGUGCCAUCAGAGCCACUCUUUGUGGCGAGGCCAGGAGGAACUGCUGAAGAUGAUGGGGUCGUCAUAUCUAUUGUAAGUACGAUGGAAGGUGAAGGGUAUGCGCUGCUGCUGGACGGGAUGACUUUCCAAGAAAUUGCUCGAGUACGGUUCCCCUAUGGCCUACCAUUCGGUUUCCACGGCUGCUGGAUUCCAGAAAAGAUAUGA